AUGUAUUAUACGUUACUAAGUCUCUUCAAAAGUCAAUCAUAUAUGGUGCCAAAGUUUGACAAGAAUUCUCCAUUUUGUGAAUUUUUUUUAAAUUAUAUGAUUAAAAUUGAGAUGCCUAAAAAAUCUUACAUUGAUGAUGUGGCAAAUAUAAACCUGUAUAGAGAAUCAUCACAUGUAGAUGCCGAAAAGUGGAUCAAUGUAGGCUACGCAAGAAAAUCCAACACCAAAGAGAGCGAUCACGUUCGGCAGAGACUACUUACUGCGAUGAUUAACAAGUUGAAGACCAAGCUGCUUUGUCAAAAAGUUUUCGUCUCGCCAAUUUCGAACGCUGACAAUAAAUUCAUAAAUAGAGAUAAAGACAAACGAACUCUGAAGUUCAUGCCAUCACUCAAAUGUGAUGGCACAACUGAAGAUUUGUUGCUUUAUCUCUCUUCGGAGACGAGAUUGGUACGCUUGGUAUCAAUUGAUUAUGCAGGUCUAUCAACCAACUUGGGGGAUUUACGAUCAUUUGUGAGUGAUCACAAGUGCAUCAAAGAAAUUGUUAUCGACAAAGGGCAUCAUGUAGAAGUGUUUCCAAGGAAACAACUUCUUAAAGACGAUGAAACUCUUCUGGUGUUCCGAUGUCGUAACAAACCAGUCAAUCGUUCAAAAUAAGCUUUUUGAUCCAUUACUGUCGUUACCAUUCAUUUAAAUAUUUUUCUCUAUAGGCGCUAUUCAUUCCUUUGAUAUGUUUGUAUAUGUAAUUGUUUUGUUUAUGGACUGUCCUUUAAUAUUUAUGCUGUAUAUACCCCUUAUGCUCAUUUCUUAAUUUUUAACUUAAGUUCUUAUGCCCUUUUUUUAUGUUAAUCAGCACUUUUCUAUUAAUUUAUAAAUUAUCACUUAUGUAAAUCGUCAUCCUUUGUAUUAUGUUAUUACAAUAUAAAAUGC